CUUCAGAAGUGUGUGGAGUUGUCAUUUUCACUGUUGAUAUUAGAUAUUUACUUUUAUUAUCAUUAUAAAUUUGCUAAUACAAUUUUUAUAUCAAUAUUAUCAAGAAUAAAUUAAUUAACCCUCUAUUGUUCUCCAUAUCUUAACCAUAGAAUACCUCAGCGUUUAUAUUGAGGUAUAAGGGAAUUUAAGUUCAAGUUCGAAACUCUUGAAGAGAUUUGGGAACUGUUUGUUUCCAACAAAAGUUGCAUAAGAAAAAUAAAGCCGGCAAAUUUCUUUCCACAUCUAUACUGAUUUAUAUCGAGUUAAUGUAUUGAAAAGAUUUUGUGUAGGGGGAAUCGACAGAUAUGCUGCAAUUACUGCAAGGUAUUAGGUUAAGAAUAUAUCAGUGCCAGAAAACCCAUCUCCGCACUUUAAUCCAAAGUCCAGUGUUAUACCAAGUAAGAGAUGCCAAGAAAAGUGGAGGAGGUAUACAGGUUCGCUCCGAAAAGGAUGGACCAUCACAAGUAGGAAUGCAUUUGGGCGAGAAAAUAAAGGAGAACACCAAGACUGCCAGCUAUACUGCAAUAAUAUUGUGUGGUGUUGGUGUGACUGCGGUCAUGUUUUGGGCUAUCUGUCGAGAGUUGUUUUCUAGUUCCAGCCCAAAUAAUAUAUAUUCAGAAGCAUUGAAAAGAGUUAUUGAGGAUUAUCGAGUUCAAGAUGCAAUAGGUGCGCCCAUAAAAGGUUAUGGUGAAGAGUCCCGACGCGGCAGACGGCAACAUGUGGCUCACAUGGCCUUUGAGAGAAACGGUAUUCCGCAUAUACGCAUGAAAUUCUAUGUUCAAGGACUAAGGAAUAAGGCUACAGUGCAUUUAGAAACUAGAGAGGACAAAUCUGGUAAAAUGGAAUAUCGUUACCUAUUUGUGCAGUUGGAUCACUAUCCGAAUACAACUAUAAUUCUUGAAGACAAUCGUGCCUUUGAACCUUCAUCCGCAUCAGCAUCACAACCACAAUACUCCAGUGCUAAUCAAUCUGCACUUAGUGGAUCUAGUCUUUCCUUCGCUUCAUUCGAUGGCAAAAAAUAAAAAAUAAUUUUCCCGGGUUUAACCAGGGUAUAU